CCGGGCUCCCCCCGCCCCUCCUCGCGGGCCCCGCCGCUUCCGCUCGCCCACGGGCCGCCCGGGGAGCCUGGACGCGCCGCCUGGGCUCUACGUAGCCGGCGGCUCUGGGGCUCCAUCCCACACCCUCUUCACAUGAGGCCAUGAGGCACCCACUGGACCAGGGCCAGGUCACCCUGCCCCGUCCCGCCCCCCAUCCAGGAGCUCCUGGCUGCUGCAGGUCCCAUAGAAUCCUGGACUGUGCCCAGCUGGUCCCCACUGCACAGAUGGGGAAACUGAGGCGGGGGGAAGAGGAGCACCUGGCCCCUGGCCACACCGGAAGACCCCGCCCCCUCCGGAACCUCCUGCUCCUGCUGUGGACCCUCCUGAACUGUGGUUUGGGGGGCAACGCUCAGGGUCCGGGUGAGUGGACUCAAUGGGGUUCCUGGAGCCGCUGUUCUAGCUCUUGCGGGCGAGGGCUCUCCGUGCGCAGCCGGCAAUGCAUCCGGUUUCCCAGGGAAGAGCUGUGCUGGGGGGACACCCACGAGUACCGCCUCUGCCAGCUGCCCGAGUGUCCCCCAGGGGCCGUGCCCUUCCGAGACCUCCAAUGCGCCCUCUACAAUGGCCACCCUGUCCUGGGCACCCAGAAGACCUACCAAUGGGUGCCCUUCUACGGUGCACCCAACCAGUGCAACCUCAACUGCCUGGCGGAGGGGCACGACUUCUAUCACAGCUUCGGCCGCGUGCUGGACGGUACCCCCUGCAGCCCGGGCACCCAGGGACUCUGCGUGGCUGGCCGCUGCCUCAGCGCCGGCUGUGACGGUUUGCUGGGUUCGGAUGCCCGCGAAGACCACUGCGGCCGCUGCGGCGGCGCCAACGACUCGUGCCUCUUCGUGCAGCGCGUGUUCCGGGAUGCCGGUGCCUUCGCUGGGUACUGGAACGUGACCCUGAUCCCUGAGGGCGCCAGGCACAUCCGCGCCGCCCACCGGAGCCGGAACCACCUGGCGCUGAUGGGGGGCGACGGGCGCUACGUGUUCAACGGGAACUGGGCGGUCAGCCCUCCCGGGACCUACGAGGCAGCGGGCACCCGCGUGGUCUACACCCGCGUCGCAGGGUCAGAGGAGACGCUGCGCGCCGCCGGGCCCACCUCGGAAGACCUGCUCCUGCAGGUCCUCCUGCAGGAGCCCAACCCCGGCGUUGAGUUCGAGUUCUGGCUCCCCCAGGAGCGCUAUGGCCUCUUCCAGGCGCAGGCUCAGGCCCAGGGCUGGUCCCUGCGGCAGCCGCAGCCUCGGGAGGUAGAUCCUCAGUCCCCUGAGUCUCCCGCUGCCCCCACUGUUAUCCCCCCACGGACCCCAGGCCCCACCCCAGACCCCUGCCCACGCUGCCCUGACACCCGCGGUCGUGCCCACCGGCUGCUCCACUAUUGCGGCAGCGACUUUGUGUUCCGGGCCCGCGUGCUGGGCCGCAUCCGGCAGGCCCAGGAGACCCGAUAUGAGGUGCGCGUGCAGCUCAUCUACAAGAACCACUCGCCACUGCGGGCCCUCGAGUAUGUGUGGGCACCGAGCCACUGCCCCUGCCCACCGCUGGCCCUCCAUCGGGACUACCUGCUGGCAGCCCAGCGCCUCAUCAGCCCCGAUGGCACUCAGGACUGGCUGCUGCUCCCCCAUGCUGGCUACGCCCGUCCCUGGAGCCCCGCCGAGGACAGCCGCGUGCGCCUGGCCGCCAGACACUGCCCCCUCUGAGCCCCUGGACCAGACCUCGGCCACACACGGCUCACCAGGCUCAAAGUCAGCAUAUUUCCCCUCUUGCCAUAGCUUCCAGGGGGCUUAGAACUAUCUCCCACCUGCAGCUCUGUGACUCCCCUCCACACAUACUCAGACACCCCUGCACUCAGUCAGAUCCACUGUCGGAAGCAGGCACGCACUGGUGAGGAUACACUAAAUGGACUCUUUAGCUCUGAUUUCCUUUCUCACCCUGGCUGCCAGGAAACUCAUAGUUAUUUCACUCUCAGAGACUCCGUGUCUGCUUUUAUUCCCCUUGCCUCACACUCAUUUGCUGGGAGACACUGUCACACACAAGCAAGACCCCGACGAAGACAUGCCUAAGGAGACCUUGUAAUGUAUCCAUUUCCCCUCUUGUCCUGGCUACCAGGAAGCUCACCACUGUUUAACCCCCUGACACUCUGUCUCUCCCUUCUCAUUGCCACUUAACACACGCACCCUCACAUAUUCAGAGACACUGUUAAAGACAGGCAUGACCCCCUAGAAAACAUGCCUACCCAGGCACUGUAACGUACCAAUUUCCCCUUUUGCCCUGGCUACCAGGAAGUUUAGAGAUAAUCUUAACAGCUUCCGCAAUUCAGGGGGAGGCGGGAGGGUUCCCUCCAGGCAACACUGCUGUUCACCCCAUCUUUAUUCCUAUUUAAUUUUUUUUUUUUUUUUUUUUUUUUUUGCGGUACGCGGGCCUCUCACUGUUGUGGCCUCUCCCGUUGCGGAGCACAGGCUCCGGACGCGCAGGCUCAGCGGCCAUGGCUCACGGGCCCAGCCACUCCGCGGCAUGUGGUAUCUUCCCGGACUGGGGCACGAACCCAUGUCCCCUGCAUCAGCAGGCGGACUCUCAACCACUGCGCCACCAAGGAAGCCCCAUUCCUAUUUAAUUUUUACAAGCACUUUUUUUUUUAACAAGGGCACCCCAGUUUCACAUACUUGGCUGCAGACACUUCAGGAUGCCCUUAGUCAGAUCCACAGCCACGUGUCACCACCUGUACACACGUGAUCACGUGCACCUCACCCCCUCCUCCUCCUGGUCCAGCCCCCACCUCCCUCCAGCGUGUCUGACCCUGGGGCGACCGUGAGGACGGGGAAUAUAAGAGGAUGGGGGAAGGCGGGACUUUCUGAGGUUCCAAGCCCCCUCCCGAUGCCCCUUGGGGCCACAUAUUCCUCUCAGGCCGUUCAGGGGGCCCCCUCCCCACCCCCGAGCAGAGCAGGCAGGUCAGAGCCCCCACCCUCAGUGUGUGCCCUGUCCUCAUGUGUCCUGGAUGUAGUCUCCUCAUAGAUUCUAGAGCCAGGAGGGCAGGCCUACAUCAUGUGUGGAUUGGAAGUGUCGGUGGGGUGUCACAUAGUCACCCAGCAAACCUCCCCUUCUGCCUCCCCAUCCUGGGUGGGGUGACUCACACCGUCCUCUGGGACAACCUGCUCGUCUAUGCCAUCCGUGGUUGUGUCUUCCUCUGGGGCGCAGGAUGGUGGGAGCGUGCAAGGGGUGCUGGACAUGUGGGUCUCAAUGGACUCGGCCCCUGAUCUUGGGGGUGACCUCAGGCCAAGCCCUGCCCCUCUCUGGGCCUCAGUUUCCCCAUCUGUGUAUACCCUUUCAGCCCCUCCCGGCCCUGACCUUGGGAACCUCACUCUUCCAGACUCCUUCCCUAGCCCUUCUAUUCAUUCGUGCAUUCCUCCAAAGAGUAUUUAUUGAGCACCUACUGUAUACCUGGGACCCAGCAGCGCCUGGGGCAGCCCCGGCCUGGCCCUGUCUUCUGUAACAAGUGCUGAAGCCGGAGGAUCUCCCGAACGCCCCCCUCCCGCAGGGCAGAGUGGGGCGCAGUUCUGGAGGGAGGCGUGGGGUCUGGGCGCCCCCUGGUGGCAGGACGGUGGGGGGAGAAGGAAUUCAGCGUUUCGGGUGUUACCUGCAGCCCCCAAGGGCUUCAGGUCCCCGAUGGCCCCAGAUGGUCCCCUCUGCCUCACUGCAGUGUGGGAGUGUGUUCAGUGUCUGGAAAUGGGAGCCUCCGGCCUCUUCCUCCCCGGAGCUCUGUGGGGCAACCCUGCCAUCUACUCCCCAACCAGCGGGACCGGUUUGCAGGGGUGAGGUUCCUGCUGGGUCAGAGGCCAAUGCAGGGCCCACUCUAGCAGACAGGAUGGCCUGGGGCCACAGGAGCCACGAUUUCCCGCAUGCCAUACUCCGAGCGGCAACAUUGUUUCCGGUAAUGGUCAUGUAACAAUCAAUGGAACCAUUUAAAGAGAGAAGAAAACGUUGCAAUUUUAAAGAUACUCAAAAUCAGCAACCCAGUUGAAGGUGGAACUAGCAUUUGCACUUACUUGCCCAUCAAAAAUUCCACGCUGCUUUGAUGCUUUACUUUUAAAAACGAAUAAAAACUCCAGGUGCAACAACGGAAACGGAGAGACUCAAGAUCUGUAUCUUUGUGUCUUCACAAUCCCUGGCUCUCGGGUUUUAUUAUUUACUGUGUCCCUGUAGGAACACGCAGGGCCCAUUUGGUUUAGAGACUGGAUUGCUGCCCGAAGAGACCGCAGGUGAUUACAGACGGAAUUGCCUCUCGAGGGAAACA